AAUUUAAAGAUGAAGAAAGAGAACAACGAAGAAAAGUGAGAGUGAGUUUACUCUCCCAAUGCUGGCCUCUGCCUGCAGGUUUUGCACUGCCACCAAAAGUUGUGGUUCUAAGUUUUGAACACACAUGAGAGAGAAAUCAUUUAGUAACUCCACCACCAGCAAAGCACCUUCACCCUUCUACUCCUUAGAAAAACCCAAAUCCUGAACCUUUUUUCUUUGAUUUUCUCCAUGGAUAACACAAAAGAAGCUUCAGCUCCAUGCUUGUUUAUAUAACCUCACCAUAAUUGUACUAAAAUACCACCAAAUUAUAACCUUUUUUCAACAAAGUCCACUUUUUCCCAUCAUUCUUCUCUUUCUCCUUCUCUUCAUUUUUCUCCAUAUAAGUGAAGUUCUUCUUUUGUUUAGGUUUAUAGAAGUGUUUUUGUCUUGGUUCCAUGGAUUCAUAUGAAGCUACAAGAAUGGUGUACUCCAGGAUCCAAAACUUGGACCCUGAAAAUGCCUCAAAAAUCAUAGGGUAUUUGCUCAUACAAGACCAUGGAGAGAAGGAGAUGAUACGUUUAGCCUUUGGGCCAGAGGCUCUUAUUCAUGCUACAAUCGUCAAAGCCAAAACCCAUCUGGGAUUACUCUCCUCCUCAAACCCACCAACACCCUCUACUCCUUCGUCCCCAUCUCCUUUCUCCUCAAGACCUAGUCCUUUGUCCAUCCCUCUUUCUUCCAGACUCACCGCCCCCAACAAUGGCGGUUUUGACAUCACAAGCCCUUCUUCUCCGUUUAGCCACCACUCCAUCAGUCCCAGCACUAAUUCAUCCCUUUCUUACGCCAGUAUUGUCAAUGGAGGUACCAACAUUGCAAAUGGGUCUGGAUCUUUGCCCUCCAUUGCAAAUAAUUAUCACGAAAAUGAAUUCGUUGACGAUUACCAGUUACAGGACCACCUUUCCUUUCUCAAUGAGUCCAAAGCUGAAGACUUGUUUGAUCCCCGGCUUGACUUAGCGAUGAGCCCAACUGGGUUCGGCGAUUCUCCUCUGCACCGGCGGAGUUUUUCUGUUCCUGGAAUGUGUUUUGGUUCUGAAGAUGUAAAUUCCGGGUUGGGGUGGCGACCUUGUCUGUACUUUGCAAGAGGGUUUUGCAAGAAUGGCACUAGCUGUCGGUUUCUUCACGGUGAUUGUGUGGACGGUGGUGCUACCUCCGUCAUUGGCUCACCAAGCAAUCUCAAUGAGUUCGAACAGUGCCAAGAGCUGCUUAGGUCAAAAGCCGUCCAACAACAACAACAAAAACUAGCCUCUGCCUCUCAAUUCAUGGCAGCCGGAGCUUCUUUUCCAUACAACAAAUGCUUAUAUUCUCUUCUACAACAACAAAAUGAGGUCCAAAGAUCAGCUGCGGCAUUGAUGAUGGGUGAUGAGCUUCACAAGUUCGGCCGCGGCCGCCUGGAAAGGAAUGAUUUUUCAGCAAUGGGAUUAGGAGGAUCGGUGAACCCAGGUUCCAGACAGAUUUACUUGACAUUUCCAGCUGACAGCACCUUCAGAGAAGAAGAUGUGUCAAAUUACUUCAGCAUUUAUGGACCUGUUCAAGAUGUUAGGAUUCCUUACCAACAGAAGAGGAUGUUUGGGUUUGUUACAUUUGUGUAUCCUGAGACAGUGAAGAUCAUUCUGGCUAAAGGAAACCCUCAUUUUGUUUGCGACUCGCGUGUGCUUGUUAAGCCUUACAAGGAGAAGGGAAAAGUUCAAGACAAGAAGCAACAACAUCAGCAACAGCAAAUGGAGAGGGGAGAGUAUUCUGCCUGUUCGAGUCCAUCCGGGCUUGAUUCUAGAGAGGCAUUUGAUCUCAGUCUUGGAGCAAGAAUGUUUUACAACAAUACUCAAGAGGUGUUGUUGAGGAGGAAAUUAGAGGAGCAGGUUGAUUUGCAGCAAGCCAUUGAGCUUCAGGGGAGAAGGCUACUGAACUUGAAGCUUCUUGACUUCAACAAUCAUCAGCAUCAUCAGUUCCACCAUGGACUAUCCACUGGGUCUCCCAUACCCUCACCAACUGUUUCCUGUGCCCCAAAUAACCAUCCACUCAUUUUCCAGGUUGAUGGCAUUGAUCAAGAACCAAUUACAGAAGAGAACAAUGGUGGUCCAGUUGCUACCCUUUCCCAGACUGCUGCUGCAGAUGCUGAUAAGCAGCAGGAGGGAGUGAAUCCAUCUUGCAAUAAUGAUAAUGACAAUGGUAAUAUUAAUAGUAAGGAGGAGAAAAUCAAAACUGAAGAAAGUGAUCUCCCAGAAAGCUUGGAGCACAUUCUCCCUGAUAACCUCUUUGCUUCACCAAAAAAGUCCUCGAGCGACCACCUUAACACAUUCUCCACUGGUUCUGUAGAGGCUGAUGAGAAAAUCUCAAGUCCUACUACAUCAAGUUCUAUCAACACCCCUUCACUGGCUUCUCUUAAUUCAUGCUUUCUACACAUGCCAAGGUUUUCUUCUGGGCAUGGAGCCAUUGGCAUGUAGUUUGCAAGGUUGAACAUGGCCAGCAAAGGGGGGAUCGACUCUGUUAGGAAUAUAUGGGAUGCAUAUACUAAGGAAGAAAAAUACCCUCUAGCUGUAUAGCCAAAACUAUACCCACAACAAAGAAAAAGAUCUGUAGAGAAGGUCUGAGCAAGAUCACCAUCAUCAAUCCAUACUAUACUACUUACAAUGAAUACAUAAUAUGCAUAGGUAAAGGAAAGAUGAACUAAUUUAUGGGAGUGGGGUCUUUUUCUCUUUCCUUCUGUGUACCCUCCCUGUAGGUAAAGUUGUGCUGGACCACACAGCAACAGCAACAAACAAAGGCCAGUAGUAAGUAGUAACUCUUUUUAUCAUAUAUAUAAUGUAAUUCCCCCUUUUUUAAAACUCUUUAAUCCUCCUUUCUGGUGAGGUGAAAGAAGAACUAUAAACAAAUGAAAGUUGUAUGAAGAA